CGCUCCAGUUUCACAUCGGCAGCAAAACAACCGACUUCCCCCGAGAGAAACGCGCCUGUACCGGGCAGGAUACGACCCGAAGAGCGCCUCCGAGCAAACGGGAGCACCGGGCCACCGACCGUGUGCCGCCUCACGAAGGAGACAACCCCGGGGGGAAGUGGCCGAGGCUACCGCCGCUGGUAGUCGGCUCCCUCUGUGGCUGGAGCUGCGUCGUGUUGAUGGAUUUUCUUUUUUUUUUUUUUGUGUGUGUUUGUGUUUUUCAAACUCGCUGAAAUGUCUUUUAAAUCCCGGAUGAUCCGCCCGGUCCUUAUGAUGCCGUCAGUGGAUUUAACGAUGAUAAGAACACCUCUCUUCAUCUGGGUGGACCCUGGAUAGACCCAAUGUCAUCAACAGGAACACCAUCUCCAGCGGGCCAUAUCUGCACAGCAGGUAUAUGGCGAGAAGAGGGACAACAUGGUCAUCCCAGUCCCCGAGGCGGAGAGCAACAUCACCUACUACGACUCCCUCUACCCUGGAGACUACAAGAUGCCAAAGCAGCUAAUUCACAUACAGCCUUUCAGCUUGGACACAGAGCAGCCAGACUAUGACCUGGACUCGGACGAUGAGGCAUUCCUCAUCAAGCUGAAAAAGAAGAUGGAGAUCAGCUUCCUGCAGUUUGAGGAGAUGAUUGACAGGCUGGAGAAAGGCAGCGGACAGCAGCCGGUGAGUCUUCCCGAGGCCAAACUGCUGCUGAAGGAGGACGACGAGCUCAUCAAGGAGGUCUUCGACUACUGGAGCCGGAAGAGGAAAAACAGCAAGGCUAACUCGCUCAUCCCCAACGUCAAGCAGGAGAGGCGAGACGGCUCCAGCACCAGUGACCCCUAUGUGGCCUUCCGACGGCGCACAGAGAAGAUGCAAACUAGGAAGAAUCGUAAGAAUGACGAGGCGUCAUAUGAGAAGAUGCUGAAGUUACGCAGGGAUCUUAGUCGAGCCGUCACCAUCCUGGAAAUGAUCAAGAGGAGGGAAAAGAGCAAGAGGGAGCUGCUGCACCUCACUCUGGAGAUCUUCGAGAAGAGAAACGUCAUGUUGGACUACGGUGGUGAGGUGAUGGCAGAAGUUCUGGCUGAACGGGCACUGGUGAGGCCGCAGAUCAUUCCUCUGGUCCCUCUCACCAACCAGUACAGACACCAGGACCACAUGGACCUUAAGGACUACAAGUCCAAGCCCGAGAAGAUGGAAGUUCCCCGGCAGAAGAGGAAGUAUGAGAAGAAGCCGAAGGUUCUGCCUCUGUCGUCAGGCCUCCCCCACCAUCCUGGUCCUGUCGUCUUCAACGCCAAGGACCUCAACCAGUAUGACUUCCCCAGCUCAGACGACGAGCCAUUCUCCCAGCUGCACUCAGGCUCAUCGGAAGCAGAGGAGGAGAACGACCCAGACGGUGCCUACGCCUUUCGCAGGAAGGCCGGCUGCCAGUACUAUGCUGCUCGUCAGGACCGUGUGGGUAGCUGGCCGUGGUGCGAUCACUGGGAAGGCGGCUUGGCAGAAGCUCGAUUUCGCUACAGUCUCACUACACUCACCGUGCCGCGGCACUGUCUGGGCAUGGCUCGCCGACGCCUGGGACGAGGCGGCAGGGUGUUGCUGGACAGGGCGCACACGGACUAUGACAACAUUUUCCACGGCCUGGAUCCAGAAAUGCUCGACCUGCCUCUCCCCCAAACUCCCCCUCCCCCCACAACUACGUCACGCUCGUCAGCCACCAACAAGUUCGCCAGUACCUCAGAAACAAAUACCUCAGACAGAAGUUCCUCCUCCUUCAACCCCUCUCUUUCCUUGUCCUCUUCCACGGACCUCAGUCAGAUACUGUUGAAUAUAAAGUCAUGCCGAUGGAGGCACUUUAGACCACGGACACUACCACUACACGAGCUGGAUAACGCCCACCCCCUAUUCAGGAGGUUGAGUCGAGGCUUGAAGCGCCCGGUCUCUGCCUCCACAGCUGGGGGACAGCCCUUUGGCUCUCAACGCCUGGGAAGGGUUGUCCCUGCUCCCUCACCCAUUGCUGCUUUAACAGCCGAACAGUACCAGCAGCAUCAGGAGCAGCUGGCCCUGAUGCAGAAACAGCAGCAGGAGCAGAUCCAGCUGCAACAGAAAGCCAACAGCACCGCCACUGCCAACAGCACACUGGGCUUAGCGAACAUGUUGGACCAGGCCAGCGCUCAGUUCGCUGCCUCGGCCCUCGUCACCGCCGACCAGCUGCUGGCCCUGAAAACCAAGGAGGAGCUGGCCCUCGGAGGCGGAGUAAACGGCGUCCUCUCCCCCUCAGGUGUCUACAAGGGCUUGCACCUCUCGAGCACAGUAUCCCCAUCCCCCGUCGCCCCAGCUCCUCCCACCACUUCCCCAACACCUGCUCUGCUCCACCCUUGCACCACCAGCUCCACCUCCGCCACCAGUAACAACAAUGGCACCACCCACCCCGCCACAACCAACACCGCCACCACUCAGGUCCUGCUGGGAAACAACAGCCUCCGUCUGGGUGCUCCCACCGGCAAGCGUGUCCACGCAGUGCGGACACUGAGCACCACCAUGUCGACAUCCGCCUUAAAGUUCACCCACGCAACCGCCAACUGUCAGAAACCCAAGGUCACUACGGCCUCGGCCUCGCCGCUGGAUAUAGUGCCCAGGGAGAAUCACGAACAAGACAAGCCAGCACUGAACAGUCUAUCAGAGAACACAGUGGCCAUGGAGGUUACGUAGCCUCUCGUACGCUGCACGAGAGGAAGCGCGACUCCUUUUUUGUUAUUGGGUUUUUUUUUUUUUUUUUUGUGCUAUGCAUCAUUUGUAAUUCAUGAAUGCAAGUGUUGGCACAAUGAGCAAGGCUGGGUUUCCAUGGCAACUGUUUUGGGACUUAAUUGCAAUGCUCAUCUCCUACAAAACAUUUUUUUUUUCAUUCUCCCCGCCCCCCCCAAUUCCUUUAUUUGUUACUGUUAAUAAGAGAUCGUCUGUAAAUUCUUAAUAUGGCAAUUAUAUGUACAGUACUGCAUAUUUGUAAUACCCCCCCGCCCUACCCCCCAUGUUCUUGUAUAUAACAUUACUUGAAUACAGAAUUGUUCAUUUGUGAUGUUUUGCACUCGAGAUAUAAAAAAAAAAAAAGAAAAGAAAAAUCUAAAUUAAAAAAGAGAAAACGACAAACUGCAACUGGUGCGAGUAUGAGGUGUGAAAGUUGUACCACAGAAAAAUGUGUGUCAUCACAUGCAUGGUGCGGAACCUGCUGUUUGAUCUAUUUAUUGUGCCGUGUUUACAAAGGGUUUCUUUUUCUUUCUCUCCAAACCUUUAUUUUUUUAUACACUGUACCUUUCCCCGUGCUGUUGUCAGUGUUUAGCUCGAUUUAAACAACUCUUGUCUUUUAUUUUAUUUUUUUUGUUGGAUGUUGUGAACAUGGCCAGGAGCUCGCCCGUCUCUGUCGGGGCGUUUUUUUUUCCUCCACGAUGUUCCAAUGAGUCACGCUGAAUCCGUGGAGCGCUCACACAGAUUCGGGCGCGGGGCGGUGGAAGUAAAGACGGGUGUGAAGUUGUUUGUUGUGGGCAUCAGUUUGUCAGUGGGUUAAUCAGUUUCCACAAAGCUCUUCCAUACGUAUAUUAUUCCUGAGACAAGUAACAAAACAAUGGGGAUGAAGAAUCUUUCCCAGAAGACUUUGCUGCUUCUGACUCAUAUAAGCACUAAAUGAUUUUUUUUUUUUUUUCUUAGAAAUUGAUUUCGAUGCUGCUUUUGUAUGAUUUUGUCCUCUGGUUGGAACCAGGUGACUUUAUUUCCCAUUUUGUUUUCUCUAAAAGAUAACACACACACACACACCCCCUCUUCACAUCCUCCCUUUAUUUUUUUAGAAUAUUUUUGUACCUCCCAUUUUUUUAUUUGAAUUUUCCUCACAGAAAACUUCAUUCUUUUGUUACUUGUUGAUCUAAAAUUUAAAAUAAAAAAAAAAACAAUAAGGGAGUUUUAAGAAAUGCAGUAACUGACAUUUAUAUCAUUCCAGCUUCUACAUAAUAAGGAAGACAACAUGUAUUGAUCAAAAAAUGAAAAAAAAUAAACGUUUUCUCUACUUUCAAAAACUCCAGAAGGCUGAAGAAGCCAUGAACUACAAGUUAUCGGGUGCCUUCAUUUGGGAAAAAAGAAAAAACCUAAAAACAAAAAGAAAAAUCUCUCUUCUGUGAAGAGUUUGGUACUGAACAAGGCUACUUGUAGUUUUUCUUUGUCUGUACCACAAAUCCCAAUGCCCAUUCCAGUGGCCCAGCUGAUUCAUGAGUUUUAUUUUGAUGGUCUCUUCCACCAAACACACACACACACACACUCUCUCUCUCAUGGGAAAGACUAAAAAUCCUCUUGAAUUGUCACAAAAUGAAAUAAAAAUCCAGGGCAUUAUGUGUUUUGACCUAAA